AUGGAGCAGGCAGCCACUCCUGGGGGCCGAGGGCUCCCUUGUAGCCUCAAGCAGGCCUUGGCCCUGUACCAGUGCCUCUUCCGCUGCCCUGCAGGCUUGGGUCAGCUCUGGGCUGCCCUGCAGCAGGUACAAGAGGGCCAGGCCUGUCCCUCAGGCCUGGAGCUACCCACCGUGCUGCUGCAGAUGGAGCGGAGCCGGCGGGCCCAGGAGCAGCUCCUGUGGGACUUGGAGCUGCUGACCGGGGUGGGGCUGGGCCUCUUCUGGCCCCACCGGGCCCAGCUUUGUGGUCUGAGAGGCCAGGGCCAAUGUGCAUGGAGCCAGUGCAGCAUGCCCCAUGGUAGGAUGGAUGGGGGCUCUGAGCAGCGGACGAGUUGGAGUUCCAGGCUGUGCUCAUCGCCUCCUGCUGAGGACUCCCUGAACCAGACUCAUCAGCUCCUGGAGGGGGGGCAGUCGGUGGACCCAUCAUCAGCCUGGGAUCUAAGUGAAGCCAGGAGUAAUGCAGACCCAAGGUGGGAGAGCCCUGGCAUGCCUGCAGAGUCCACGCCUGGUUGCUUACAAGAGCUGAACCCCACCACCACCAGCAGUUUUGGGGAACCAGGAAGCUCAGAGUUCAAGGACCUGGCCCAGAGGGAUGAGAGAGGCCAAGCAGAGCCCACAACCCAGAGGCCCGGUCGAUCAUCAUCCAGGAGCCUACAGGAGAAAAAGCUUGCUCAGGGAGCCCCAGGACCCUCAAGCUUCCCCUCCCAGGGCCUGUCAGAACCCCAAGAUCCCCUGGAGGGGCUGGGAUGCAGCCCAGGCCAGGAGAGAGCAGAGCUUCAGAAACUGCUAAGGACUGAGAUGAUUCAGAGUCAGAGAGAGGAGGAGCCUCAGGAGCAGAAAGAAGAGACCCCUCAGGAUCAGAGAGGGGAGGCCCCCCAGGGGAAGGACAAAGACUUUCCUCAGAGGAAGAGAGAGAAGACACAACAGGGUCAGAGUGUGGAGGCUACGCAGGCUCUGAGGGAAGAAGAGGUCCCUGAAGGGCAAAGGUGGGAGGCCCCCCAGGGUGAGAACAAAGAGGCUCCUCAAGGUCAAGACAGAAAUCACUCUAAGUGUCAGAGAAAGGAGGCCCUCUUGGAGCAGAGUGAAGAUUCUCCUCAGGGCCCGGAAGUGAAGAUCCUUCAGUCUUCCGAGGGCAGAGGCUGUCUCUCACAAGCCCAGGAGGUGGCUCAGGGAGAGGCGCCUACACUGCCCUCGGAGGAAGGCGGCUCCCUGGGAAUUCCGGGGGACUUCUGCAGGUCCGUGGGAGAACAGAUGACGCAGCCUGAAAGCCCGGAGAGCCCAGGCCCCCGGGGAAGGACUAACCAGCUGAUGCAGUUUAAGACUGAUGCCUGGAUAGGAGAGUCGGCAUCGGCCGUGGGAGAGCAGGGACCCGCCCGGGAAGGAAUGUGGGUUCCCCUUCCGACCCCGAGGCCCCCAGCCCAGCCGCCACUCCCAGGCCCAGGAGUGGUGAUGCUAGCGGCCCGACACACUGGGGACUCCGGGCAGCUGGAGCGCCUUGCAGCUCCCUCGGGGCACCCGGGCCUGGUGCGCGAUCCGCACGCGCUUCAGGGCCCGGGAGGAAGCCCCAGCCCCGCGGAGCAGGAGGUGGGCGGCUCCACGGGGCUCCCGGGCGCCCUCGGGGAGUCGAGGGGUGGCGCCGAAGCCCCCAAGGCCUCGAAGGCCGCUUGGCCCGAGCCCCCGGGCAGGAAGAGGUCGUCGGCGGGUGUGAGCGCGGUGCAGCAGGAGAUGGCUCUUCAGCGGCUGCUGGAGCUGCACCGUGAGGCUAGGCGCCGCCGGCGGCAGGACCGUGAGCAGCAGCGGCUCCGGGUCCUGGAACGCCUCCGCAUCGCCAGGAACCGCCACUGCCGGGUGCACCCCCUGGGACCCCCACCCAACCCAGCUCAGCUCCCACCACAGGCAAGACCCCCCCCAGGAGAAGGCAGUGGGGCCGUAACGACCCUGCCCGGGCGGGAGGCGGCAGCCGAAAUGGGCGCGACCCAGGGCCCUCGGAUGUGCUUGCGCCACGCACUUGCAAUGACACCUGCGGAGAGCGGGAGGGGCGGGCCUUCCCGGGUGCUGCCCCCUGCUGGCCUCAUCGAACCCGGGCGCUGGGAGGCGCGGACGCUCAGCGCUCCGUACCGCCCCAGGAGGACGCGGCCGGGCAGCGGCGCGCCCUGCGGGAGCAGCUGGAGCGGGCGCACCGGGAGAGGACCGGGCGGCUGUGGGCUCUCGGAGCCAGGAACACCCAGAACUUCCAGCAGCUACUCUGGCCCCCUGGCGAUGAGGAGCCUGGAGAGUAUCGCUCACCAUUCCCAGACUCCUCUAGUCACUGCUGAAUCCUCAAAGGGAUGAUUAAGAGAUGAGGGUUAAGGAAAAAGCAAGAGGGCAACCUGCAGGUCAGAGAGAUACAGAACGGCCCAGAAAGCAGCCUCAGCGCCUGGGAGAGCCAGACACAGACACACACGGCAGCCUUGCCCCACCAAGAGGUGUGUUAUUUCUUUUUAUCCCCCCUCAGCCCACUGCCUGGCCUAGGGUCAGAGGGCCAGGUCUCGGGGGUCAAGCAGUGCGAAGGCCCCAUUCUUGCGGAAGAAAGAUUCAAUGCGGCACAUCUUGCAGGAGACCAGUUCUUGCUUCACUGGGGGGCCUGGGAAAAGAUGUCAGAGACCAGGAAUGGGUUCCUGGGAAAGGAACUUGCAGAACAUGGGAGCCCUGCCUGCAUAACCCUAGGAAUCUGCCUGUGUUGUAUCCACUUUUGUAAGUGUGAAGAAAUAAAAAGAAGUGCUUCUGA